AUGAGAAACCAUCACAAUUCCCAAUUAUGACAUUUCCUGAAAAUAAUUUGACGACGAGAAAUUGAUGAUGUUCAUUUAGUGGCGUUUGCUUUAAAGGAAAAACGUUGAUAAAAAAUGGCUAUGGCGACCACCAUGAGACGAGAUGUUUUUGAAGAUUCCCUGUCUGAAGAUAAUGGGUAUCAAAUCGAUUAUGAUGCGGAAACGAGCGUGUUCACGAACGAGUGUAAAGAGUUCAUGAACAUGUUUGUGAGCAAGAUAUUUUCAAAAGGGGAUAUGUCACAAGAGGAAAAAGCGCAAUUUGGAGUUAUUUGCCAGCAUGCUGCAGCAAGACGUUGGUUCGCCCGUUAUAUCAACAUGCAGAGAGAAAACAUGUGCGUGGAUGAAACUAUUUUUUUCAGACUUGUUCAGUAUUUUGCUACCGUACUUUUUGAAUGCCAUCAAGCAGAUGAUUUCUCUCCAGCAAAGACUCUUAUGAACAUGUGCUUUACAUUUUAUCAAGUUUUUUAUUCAGGAAAAAAUACGGAAAAGAAAGAAUUUCUUCAUACUUAUUUGAGAGACCAGCCAAUUUGGCGGACAUUGAGAUUUUGGAACGCCGCGUUUCUCGAUUCUGUUCACAGUGAGCAAGACCAACCGACAUUGCCACAGUCUGAUUGGGAUACUUUGUCUGAUAAAGAAAAGAACGCUCAGAGGGAUCUGCAUAAAAACCGCAUGUUCGGGCAACUCGGAUCGUUUGCAAGUAAUAUGAAAGCAUUUGGACUCCCGAAAGCCACGUGUGAAGAUUUCAUUCAGAAAAUGAGCACUAUUGGGGAUCUGGAUGAAGAACAAAUACUGCUGCUUCAAAAAAACUUCGAGAAGAACUAGCGGUUUGAAUAUAUUUUGGCUUGGUGUCGUUUAACACAACUAAUAGCUUUUCUGUGAAGAUUUAACAGCAAGCUCAACAGAAGGAGCAUCUUUAUAAUGUCAUCAGUUUAGUCUGCUGCAUCUCAAUGAACUGAUGCAUUAUAAAAUGUUAUAGGUGCUAACUUCUUGCUCGUUCAUCGUGUUCCUGAAUGUCAUAAAUAUUUCACAAGUCAUACGAAAAUAAAACUGGAGAAAUACUCAAGUUUACGACUACAUUCCUUCCUUUCGACGUCAACUUAAAGACAUCGUUGCAACUCUGUUUGGAUAUCUUUCAAAGAUCGCGUGUAUUGCAUGAAUUAUAGUCUAUGGUUGAAAAUAUGUAAAAAUUUAAGAAAAUGCAUGAAUUAUAGUCUUUGUAAUGGAGCACAUGAUUACACUGUUAUCAAUUGUACUAAAAAUCAUGUAAUCAAUUACACGAUUCCACUAUAA